AGCUGGGAUAAACAAAAUAUUGCGUCACAAUCAUUGUGUUAGUUGAGGCUCCAGCUGCUUGGGAAACAUUUCGCCACCAUUUCACCUACAUUUAAUUCUCUGUUUCAGACUAACAGUCGCCACAUAGCAGCUCAAAUGUCGCAUCAGAGGGACAUUUCAUCUGACGAGAGUUUGCAAGGUUCCUGGGUAGAGCUGCAUUUCAGUGGAAGUGGCUCCCAAGGUGCCAGUCAUCGAGGAAGCCAGGAACAAAUCCCCACGUCCAUCCAGGAGGGUGACGUGGAGAAAAUGCUUCUAGAAGCGCAACAUGAGUCAGGCAGGAGCAGUUCCAAAGGAAGCUCCCAAUGCAACAGCCCACUCAGAUCACAGACUCCCCUUCUGCUGUGGAGAGGCUCAGAGGGAAACAGCUCUCAGUCUGAUGAAGAUUUCCAAGAGAGGAGACGUGAAGUAGAGAAUCUGAUGAAGAAGAAUGCUGAUUGGAUAUGGGACUGGUCCAGUCGGCCCGAGAGCAGCCCACCGAAGGAGUUCCUGCUCAAGAACCCCAAGCGCUCAGCCUCGCUCAGCAUUAGGAACACCAGUGUCAUGAAGAAGGGCGGCAUUCUCUCCUCUGACUUUCUAAAGAUCUUCCUGCCAUCUUUAAUCAUUUCUCACAUUCUUGCUGUUGGCUUGGGGAUAUUUAUUGGGAAGCGACUCACUUCCCAUCACACCUACUGAGCAAAUGGCUAGUAAGGUUUGGGACACUGCAAUACACGCAGCUUGGUAUGCCUUAAAAUGGGACCUUGUGAAGAUUAUGGAAGAUGUUACCAUGUGACCUGUGAUUCUGACUAAUUACGCCACGCUGGCAUAAAAAGGAUCUCACAUUGCUGCGUUGUUAAAUACAACAGCGAUCAAUCCGCAGCUCCAUGCUGUAUCCCUUGUUCACAGAGAUGCUUGCUGCUUACUGCUCCUUAAAUCUGCAUGUUAGGGAACCAUUAUGUAUUAUUAGAUAUAUAAUAAUGCAAAUCAAUUUUUGGGGAUUUAAUAAAACCUUAUUUGAUUUAUUGUGCUGAAA